AGUUGAAGAAGGCAGCUAAUGCUACACCCUGUUCAGUUCCUGACCCAAGCAAGGAUUCUACUCAUCCUUUUGGCUCUUGGUUUAGUUUUCUUGUUCUGGAAACAGCUAGAUCUGGCAUUGGUGAUUAAGAAGGAUCACUUUGUCUUUCAACUGUCAUUUGGAUCUCUUUUAGUUUCACUUCAUCAGUGAUUGUUGUCAAGUAAUCAAUCAUCUAUGGACGGCCUAAGUUGGGAUUCUUCAUCACAACUUGUUGGUAACAUACCGAUCUUGUGGAGCAGUCAGCCUCAGGACCUUGAAGGAGAGUAUCAUCAUUCCAUGCCACACCUUUGUUCGAGUGUUCACAAUCAAACAUGUUAUCCGUAUCCAAGUUCUGAAAAAGCGAGGGAGAUGGUUCAUCCAUCCACUUCUGAGAUAAUGAGUAUCUUGCCAAAUAUGAAUCUGUCACAAAGAACAGCAACCAUGCCUGUGAAAUCAGGAGCAGUUGGAACCAGUUGGGGAGAAGCUUUAACAUCUCAAUCAUGCCCGUCCCUUUCGGCGAAUAUGAACCAAACUAGCAAUUAUGUAGCAGAUUUCAACAUGGCCCACCAGCAACAACACCUUAUCAGCGGCACGCAAAACGUCAAGGCUACCUGCUCUCUCGAGUCACUUGAUUGCUUGCUUUCAGCUACUAAGAAUGGCAACACAGACACGUCUCUCGAAGAUGAUGGGAUUUCCAUGAUGAUUUUAUCUGACUGCAGAAACUUAUGUAACUUCAGUUAUGGCAGUGCAGUCUCCUCUGGUGAAUCUGAGAGCAAUGCUUCCAAUGCCAGAAACAGUGACAUGAGGUAUGCAUCAGUGAAUGAGCUGGAUGAAGCAGCGUCUCAAAGCUUCUCUGAUCAAUAUAUCAGUCAAGGAAGAGUUAUAGAUUCUGAAGUUAUUUGCACAAAAGGGAGCAAUUCAUGCUUCAGCGUUGCUCAGAAUUCUUUUGCCACCGAAGGUGGUUUCAGGCUCAUCUCAGAGACUUCACCAAAGUCCAAGAGACCCAGAUGGAACAGGCAUCCUGGUUCAUCAAAUAUCAACUUCCAGCAGCCAAAUUCAUCCGUGUCACCUUCCUUUGAAGAACCUGAUCCAGAGGCCAUAGCACAAAUGAAGGAAAUGAUAUAUAGGGCUGCAGCUUUUCGGCCAGUGAACUUGGGAUUGGAAGUGGUGGAAAAGCCUAAAAGGAAGAAUGUUAGGAUAUCAACUGAUCCACAGACUGUGGCUGCCAGGGAAAGAAGGGAGAGAAUAAGUGAGAGGAUUAGGGUUUUGCAGAAGAUUGUGCCUGGUGGAAGCAAGAUGGACACUGCAUCAAUGCUUGAUGAAGCUGCAAACUACCUCAAGUUUCUCAGAGCACAAGUCAAAACACUAGAAAAUUUAGGUAACAAGCUUGACACAAUGAAUUGUCCUCCUAACAUAGCCUUCUCUUUCAACCCUUCUUUUCCCGUACAAACACAUUUCCCAGUCCAAAACCCUAGCGGGAACACCCACAACCAACAGUCCAAGGGUAGGAAAUGAUUAUUAUCGUGAAAGAGAAGAAAAAAAUGUA